CUUGAUAAUAAUUAUGCUCCACCCACAAUCAUGGCUGACACUAAGAUGGAGUUUGCUGUUCAGAUGACAUGCAAAUCUUGUGAAGAGGCAGUGAAAGCAGCUCUGAACGUACCAGGUAUUAAUAGUGUAUACGUUGAUGUUCCGAAUGAAGUUGUGAUAGUAGAGACCUCACUGCCUUCUUCUAACGUUCACAAGUUAUUGGAGUCCACGGGAAAACUCAUCGUGUUCCGCGGGUUCGGUGGACAAGAGCAGGCACCUACUAGUCACCAAGGAGCAGCUGUUGUUGUAAUGAAGGGAAGUGGACCAGUUAAUGGCCUACUGAGAAUGGUUCAAGUGUCGUCCAAUGAAUGUGUGAUAGAAGGUACGAUAGAUGGUCUUACUCCAAAUAAAGAGCACCUCCUGAAAAUACACGAUCAUGGCGACUUAUCAAAUGGUUGUGAGAGCUGUGGUGACGUGUACAAUGUUAUGAUGAGCAAGAACGGGAAAAGUGUGUCACAUUCAUUACCGCCAGUUGGUGAUAUUGCUGCUUUGCAAUCUGAUGGAUCCGGUCGAAUUUCAUUUCAAACAAAGUCAGAGAGAGUCAAAGUGUACGAUGUGAUUGGACGCUCAAUGAUACUACAUUCAUCAAUACCGUCAGUCUAUGGAACCAGAAGGUUAAUGUGUGGCAUUAUUGCUCGAUCAGCCGGCUUAUUUCAAAAUACGAAAAAAGUUUGUACGUGCGAUGGAGUCACCAUUUGGGACGAAGCAGCCUCACAGAGACAGAAAUGACAAUAAUUUUGUAUAUAUCAAUGUUAUUAGCUAAUUUUUUAUCAUGAUAAUGAGAUUAAUAAGACUGUA